UUCCAAGGUUUGAGUUGUGAGAAAAAGAAAACUAUAUACAAAAGGGAAAAGAAAAAGCAGGGGAAAACAGAGUAAGUGUGUGUAGAGAGCAUGAAAGUGAAGGGUUUUGAGGGUUGUUUUAGUUUUUCUGGGUUUAGGAAUCAUUGAAAGACAGAGAACAAAGGCUGCAAAAGAAUCAAAGACCUAAACAUAGUAAAGCUUAGGAAGUAAUGAUCUUCAUAGAUUCACUUUUAUUUUUCUUGCUUUAUUUAACCUCUCUUCAAAGUACUUAUUCAAAACACAUCCAAAAAUAUUUUACCUUUUUCUACUUUGUCUACUCUUUCUAGCUAAAGUAGUGUGAGAGUUGAAAAAGGGGGUGUGAAGAGUGAAAUAUUAAAGUGCUAAAGUGUGAUUUUUUUUUCUUUUCAUAAAAAUGGGCUAAGUGUUAGGUAUUUGCUUAGCAUAAUAUUUGCAUGGAACGUGCAAAGUUAUAAAUAUAUUGAAAAAUUUAAUUUUUAUUGGUUUAUAGCUUGAAACAUUACUUUUCAUAGGGUCAUAGCUAUAGAGGGGAAAAAGUGUGUGUGUGUGUACGUGUGUCAAUCAUAUAUCUACAAUCAUACAAGUGGUUUUAUUUAUUUAUUUAUUAAGGUUUAUGUUUUUCUUCUUGUUCAUGGAGAGGAAGAGAAAAAACACUAAGCUUGUGAACAAAACACAUCUUUGUUACAAUGUUUACUUUUUCAUGCUCACAAUUUGGACAGUGAUGUUCACUAGUACUACUACUGCUUCAGCCAUUAAAUGUCUAGAUUCUAGGUGUACCAUAUUUUUCAAAUCUGAUCUAAAUUUUCAGCAAGUUAAGGUGAAAAUUGGACAAGGCAUGGUGUCUCAAAGCAAAUCAGAUAUCCCUAUAGAUUGGCCAAGAAAGCUUCUGGGUGGGCCCGGGUCAUUUCCGCCGCGAUGCAACGCCAAGUGCGGCAAAUGUACACCAUGCAGACCGGUCCAUGUGCCGGUGCCGCCGGGGACACCGGUGACGGCCGAGUACUAUCCGGAAGCAUGGAGAUGCAAGUGUGGCAACAAGUUAUACAUGCCAUGAAUAUUUCAUUUUCUCUAUGUAUGAUGUAUUUUUUUUAGUGACUAUAUGAAGAAUCUUAUCCUUUUGAUGAGUUGUUUUAGCUUUAGCUUGUGGUAGAUAUUGAAUAUGAAAACAUAGUACAUAACUUGAUUUGAUAUGGAUUAGCAUAUAAAAGGACCUCUAUUUGACCUAUUAAUUAUGGGUCAAUUGUAAAAAUA